AGCAUUAAAGACCGUCUUCAACCUUUCAUUACUUUGAGAAAGGGGGGAAUAAAAGCAAGAGGUAAGGGGGGGGGGGGGGGGGGGGGGUGUGGGGAAUAUAAAGCAAUUUCUUCUAAAGGUCGUCUACUUCGCGAGCAAGAAAACAAAUAAUACAUAAAGACCGUAUUCAACAUUUCAUUACUUCGAGAUCGUUGAUCCGAUCGUCAGAAUGUCGAGUGAAGGAGAGGGCCUGGCAAUAGGGAUCGAUCUGGGGACGACGUAUUCGUGCGUGGGAGUGUGGCAACAUAAUCGAGUAGAGAUAAUAGUAAAUGAUCAGGGCAACAGGACGACGCCAUCUUAUGUCGACUUCACUGAAAAAGAGCGCUUGGUAGGUGAUGCCGCUAAGAAUCAGGUUGCCAGGAACCCCUCGAACUCCGUCUUUGACGCAAAGCGAUUGAUCGGUAGGAGAUUCAGUGAUCCCUUAGUUCAAAGUGAUGCCAAACUUUGGCCAUUCAAGGUCAUUGAAAGUCCGGAUGACAAGCCUAUAAUCGUGGUCACUUAUAAGGGUGAAGAACAACACUUUUCUGCGGAGGAAAUCUCAUCUAUGGUUCUAAAAAAGAUGCGUGAGAUCGCUGAGGCAUACUUGGGCACGACUGUAAAGAACGCAGUUGUUACUGUCCCCGCCUACUUCAAUGACGCACAGCGUAAGGCAACAAAUGUUGCUGGUGGCAUCGCGGGCCUUAAUGUCUUGCGGAUAAUCAAUGAACCCACGGCUGCAGCCAUUGCUUACGGUCUUGACAGGGCGGGUGGCAGUGGUAAGAGAAAUGUGUUGAUCUUUGAUUUGGGGGGUGGUACUGCAGAUGUCUCACUGCUUACCAUUGAGGAGCGUACUUUAAUUGUUAAGGCCGUUGCUGGAGAUACACACCUUGGAGGUGAGGAUUUUGACAGCAGAAUGGUAGAACAUUGUGUUCAAUUGUUUAAAAGGCAAAACAAGGAAGACAUCAGUGGAAACGCCCGAGCUCUAAGGAGGUUGAGAACAGCUUGUGAGAGAGCAAAGAGGAUUCUUUCUUCUGCAAUUGAGACUACCAUUGAAGUUGAUUCUUUGUAUAAUGGUAUCGAUUUCUUCUCAACUAUAACCCGUGCCAAAUUUUCAGAACUCAAUAUGGAUUUCUUCAAGAAUUCUAUUGAACUUGUGGACAAGUGUUUGGCUGAUGCUAAGAUGGACAAGAGUGUAGUUCAUGAUGUCGUUCUUGUAGGUGGUUCUUCCAGAAUCCCCAAAGUGCAAGAAAUGUUGCAGGAGUUCUUUGAUGGGAAGGAGCUUAACAAGGGCAUUAACCAAGAUGAAGCAGUGGCGUAUGGAGCUACUGUUCUAGCUGCACAUUUGAGUGGGAUUGGAAAUACGAAUGUUCAAGAUAUUUUGCUCUUGGAUGUCACCCCUCUGUCUCUAGGAGUGUUGGUUGGUCGUGAAGGUAAGAUGUCUGUUGUGAUUCCAAGGAAUACCACCAUUCCCAUCAAGAUGGAACAUAAUUACACCACCGACAACAAUCAAACUUCUGUUCGACUCCGUGUUUACGAGGGUGAAAGAGCUAGAGCUGCGGAUAACAAUUACUUGGGACAAUUAAUUCUUUCUGGCAUUCCUGCAUUACCUAGAGGAGUUGCUAAACUCAAAAUAUGCUUUGAAAUUGAUGCUAAUGGUAUCUUGAAUGUUUCUGCUAUGGAAAAGAGCACUGGCGCCAGUUGUAGGACCACUAUCACCAAUGACAAGGCGAGACUCUCCACCGAAGAGAUUAAUAGGAUGGUGGAGAAUGCAAAGAAAUACAAGGUUGAAGAUGAUGAGUACAGGAAGAAGGUUAAUGCAAGGGUAGCCUUGGAGAAAUAUGUCUACGACAUGCGUAACACUAUCAAUUCUAAAGAGAUUGGUGCCAAGCUUUCCCGCAGAAGUAAGAAGAGGGUUAAAUCUAGUAUCGACGAGGUCAUUAAGUGGCUAGAUGAAACCCACCUUGCAGAGGUAGAAGAUUAUGAGGAAAAGCGUGUAGGGCUUGAGUCGAUCUACAAGGAAGAAAAGGCAUGACUAUAUUACGAAUAUUAUGGAUGCCACUGAUGAAUCCGCUGCUGCACAGACCAACAUCACAAGUCAUGCAGUUCCACCAAAGUCAAGGACUCUAAGUUGGAACCAUAUAUUGCCAAGGAAUAUAUUGCUUGAUUCUUUCUGUGUAUAUUUAUUUUCUAUGUAAAUGACUAUCCUUUCUGGUACAAGUACUUACUCUAUUAAUGCAUGCCAAAAAUGCGUUCAAGGUUUUGUUUACCAUUACAAAGAGUACGACGUGGAUUUGCACC